AAAAAAAGAAAAUGAUUUUCUUGCAAAUUACGAUAAAAAUUAGAGAAAUUUCACGUAGAUAAUUAGUAAAAUACAAGUUGCUGAUGACAGUUUGAGGAACAUGGUACUUGCGAUGGGGAUGGCAAUGUCACAUUCAAGAAGGUGUUCAUUCCUUCCAUAGAAAAGUAUUCAAAAUCGGUUCAACAAUUAUCAAAAGUAAAUGAGCAACUAACUUUUGGCAUGAACGAGAACUACUACAACAACAGCACAAAUUAUUCGGGAAGGCUCGUCAACAAAUCUUUGCCGUCGUAUUCUUCGGCAAAUAAAUUUACGAAUUAUGCAAAGGACUUCGUAAAACCGUUUAAGUCGAGUUUUCAAGAAAGAAAAAAAAUCAUCCCAGCUAACACGAGUUCAUCUAAUAUAGUACUUUCUAAUAAUUGUCUUGCAUCUAAUCUGAAUUCUUACUCUUUACCGUUUUUUCAACAGAAUAAUCAAAUAUUUAAUAGUAAUAAUAUCGAAGGAUCAUCAUUUCAAAACAAUUUAAUAUCGAAUCGUGUAACUACAUUUAAUGAUUCCAUGUUACAGCCGAAAGAAGGAUUCAUUCAAUCCUAUCCAUAUUCCCAAGUUAUUAGUAUGUUACAAUCUUAUUCUAGUUUAAACGAUAAUUUUGAUCAAAACGAAUCAACGAAUGUGAAUUAUCGGGAUCAAACUAAUCCGUGGUAUUUCAUGUAUUUACAAAAUGUGUCUAAUUCUAACUCUCCACAGCAACAAACUCACAAAAAUUUUAAUAUCAAAAAUUUGCAAAAUGUUCAACAGAAUCAAUUGCUGAUUGACACUUACAAUUCACAAAAUACAACUUACGAAGAUGUUAUGAAAUAUGAUAAUAUGAUGAAUGCAUCUUCUUACCCUUUUGGGUCGGCUAAUCAUUUCGAAAAAAAAGAUAAUAAUUGUAUUAAUUUGGUAAAUCAAUCGGAAUGUUACGUUAAAAAACAAUUUUCUUCAGAUUAUGAUCUAAAUAAUAAUGUUUUUAACGUAUUUCAGUAUUCUCAGGGUAGACCGAUUCUUAAACAAAAAUUAUGAUCUAGAUUACAUUUUUAUUUCGUUUUUUUUUUCUUUUUUAAUUUUCUACUCUCUUUCUUAAUUAGAUUAAU